AUGGCCGUGUUUGACUGGGAGCCAUACCAGCCAGGGCAGGGCUGGGCCAGAAACUCGCUUUACGCAAAGGAGCUAACAUUCUUGGUCGAAGUUGGCAAUUUGCCUGCCCCUGGUAGAAAUAAUUGUGAACUCUCUGUGGAAGGGCCAUACGGGCGGGAGAUCGGGCUCCAUCAUUUCAGCACCGUUCUCUUGGUAGCCCAAGGUAUUGGGAUAGCCGCUGCUAUGCCGCAAGUGAUGUCUAUUGUCGAGCGCUAUGCGUCUGAUUCCGCGACGCGGCGACAGAUGAGGGCUCAACCACUCGAACGGCAAAGUCUGCAUAGGGAUAAGACGUGCAGACUCAACCUCUACUGGGUGUUGACAAGCUCCGCAGAUAUUCAUUGGAUAAACGGAGCCUUGCGUCGGCUUGCCGCGAUCGACGAAGCCAAGAACAUCUUGAAAAUAUGGAUAUUUGAUCAGUCCACUGAACUUGCCGCCAACAUCCAUGAAAUGGACGAAAAACACAAGGAGUUAUUUGUGAUUUGCGAAGCACCCUGGUACGCAACGCUGAAGAGUUUCAUGGCCUAUCAUUCGAAUGCCCAUCCGGGCAAAUGCGCUAUUGCUGUGUCUGGAAGCCUCGAUUUUCGGCAGAAAAUCAGUGAAAUAAUGCUCCAUCUAAAUCUCUCAAGCUAUUUUGAGUUUGAUUAUCAGCCGCGAGACUUAGAUAGUCGAGCUGGAAUAGCCCCCCGUGAGCCGAGCAAGAGCGAGCCGGCGAUUGCAAGUGAUGGAGGUAAUGGUAAGGGAGCACAGACGACCUUACUUCCGCCACCGCUCAAGCUGCGUGCUCAGCACGCUCCGCCUACGCUAGAGCGUACCGGGGACUCGCGACGGGAAGUAAGUGUGGCGGGUGAAGUGGGCACUUCUUCGUUCGUGUAG